AUGUUUGUGCAAGACGAGCUGUAUUUCGGAAACGAGUACUACACUUACAAUAUUCGAUUCUUAAAAUUAGUUGGCAUUUCGUCUUAUGAAACAUUAUCGUGUCAUAUGAUUCACGUUUGUUUAUUUAAUUUUAUAAUAGCAAUAGCAUCAUUUUUGAAUCUUUUUCUGCUUUUCACAUCAGAGAUGAAAGUAGAUCCUAUUAUGAAAAUAUUGGAAACGACUUUGCCUUCUCUAAGCUUCACAUUGUAUUAUUAUAAUUUAUUGUCGAAAGUUACAAUCAUAAGGAAACUUCUGCUUCGUAUAAAAACCGAUUGGAAUAGAAUGACGUCCAAGCCUGAAUUAAUGAUAUUAAAAAAAUAUGCUAAUCGUAGCAGACAGUGUACAAUAAUAAUCGCAAUUUCCUUUUAUUUGUAUAUUGUGAUUUUAAUGUUUCCAUCCAUGAUACGUGCUAUUUCGUAUAUCUUUGGUGAACUGGAUGUAACUGAAUUAGUAUUACCAGUUUCUACUGACUACUUUUUGAAGGAUCAAGUGCAUUUAUAUUUCGCUCUUUUUAACGAAUAUGUAAUGUUAAUUGUCUUAAGCACAAUAGGAAUAGCACACUCUUCUAUAUUUGUGUCACUUAUUCAGCACGCCUGUGCUCUGUUCAAUAUCGUUGCUUUCGUUCAUUUAAUAAAGCUGUAUCAUGAGAGAAUUUAUUUGGCCGAGAUAUUUUCCGCCUCAUUAAUCAUUAUCGUAAAUUAUAUUUACUUAUUUCAGAUACUUUCCUUUACGUUUAAUAUGAGCGAAGUAUUACAAAAGCUUAAUUAUAUCUUUGGAUCUAUGUUCGUAAUAUACGUAUAUUCUUACCUUGGACAGAAAUUAAUAGAUCACCACACCGAAAUAUAUAUGAAAUUGUUGAUGCCAAAUUCCCUUUUAUUUAUUAUCAUUGAAAACACAAAAAUUGUUGCUAUUCUUGAUAAUGAAGAGCAUGAUGCCAUGUAA